CCCCUCACAUCCCUUGGCAACCAAUGAACAUUAAUCGUCAGUACUAGAACCUAACACAAUACAGAGAGUGCAAUUGGAGGGCAUCAAUUAUGCCUCUAUAGAUGAUGCGACUGGCCCCGGCUUUAGUAAAGCUACCAGAGCAAGGUCGUUUAAACAUUGAAUUACUAAAGAAAAUUGUUGUAUUAAGGGAGGAGUUGAAUGCAAGCUUGAUUUUCUAGACUACAGUGUUUCAAGGCAUACCCAGGUCAUCUUGGCAUAGCUUCAAUUGUACUUAUAAUGGGAGGAAUUGAAUGCAAGCUUGAUUUUAUAGUCUGCAGUGUUCAAGGCACCCAUAAAUACCCAUGUCAUCUAGGCAUAGCUCCAACGCCUAGCCCGGUUGGAUGUGCCUACAUUCCUGAUUUGACUUGGAGCCAUGCAUAGAGGACAUCAGAGUGAAUAAUAUUUGGGAGACUCAGUGACGGAUUCGACUGAUUGGAGAGUGGGAAUUGAAGCCGAUUUUGUUCAGCCAAGAGUAAUAUUGAUAUGGAAACUGAGAAGGCCUCAAACCCUCUGGCUGUACCGUAUCCAUGUUUAAUAAUUGAUGCAACAUGGAGAGAUGUCUUAUCUUCAAUGAAGUAUCUCACAAGAUCAGACAACCAUCGAAAUGAAAGCAUUUCCAAUCUCAGUCGAACAUGGAACCCCGCCAACCAACCAAACCGUUUUAUCCUACCUUGUCUUUGCGUCCGGUCAGCGUUUGAUCUCUUCCUUCAAGCUCAGAACUAUCCACCCGGCUCGGAGUUGAUCAUGACCGCCAUAAACAUCCCUCAAAUGAAGGAAAUUGCUGAAAUCCACGGUCUCACCGUUGUUCCACUAGACGUUACCUCAGAAACUCUCGCACCUAAAUUAAACAUUCUACAAGAAUUGAUAAAUGACAAGACAGUAGCUGUUCUGCUUGCACAUAUCUACGGCCGGUGGUCUGAUAUUGAUGAUGCUAUCAACAUUUGCAAGGAACAUAAUCUGACUGUUCUGGAAGACUGCGCCCAAGCUUUCUGCGGUCUUAAGAAAGUUGGACAUCCCAAAGCAGAUUUAUCAUUUUUUAGUUUUGGCAGCAUUAAAACGAGUACAGCUUUUGGUGGUGCAAUCGUCAGAAUCAGAGACCGGUCUUUAUUUCAAAAGAUGAAUCUAUUACAUAACAUGUAUCUUAUUCAGCGCAGAACUGCCUACUUCAAGAAGAUCUUGAAUUGUUUCUUGGGGAUUGUUGGCCUGAACUCUCCUUUAAGAAUGAAAUUCUUACUGAAUGUCUUUCAGAUGAUGGGAUGGGACCAUCAUAAGUUGGUGAUUUCGAUGCUGAGAGCAUUUCCUAUGAGCGAUUUGAAGUUGCUUCGUCUUCAGCCUUCUACGGCUUUAUUAAGCAUGAUGCUAAGAAGGUUUCAAAACUUUGAUGAAAAGAAGUUUGAGGAUGGAAUAAAGAAAUGUGACUACGUCACGAAUCGACUUCCUAAAGAUGCAAAGAUUGUGGGAAAGAAAGCAGAGAUUAGGAACUACUGGUUGUUUCCUUUGAUUGUGGAUGAUCCAGAAAGAGUCUUGAAGGAGUUAAAUAGGCGUGGCAUUGAUGGCUACCGAGGAGCAACUCAACUGACUUGUCUUAAGCCACGCCCUUGUCUUGAGCCACGCCCCAAUUCUCCUGACGUUGAUCACAGCGUAUCGUCUCCUCCAAUUGAGGCUCAGUAUAUAUCUGAUCACGUGAUAUACUUGCCAGUCCAUAAGAAAGUGACGUAUAACUAUCUUGAGAAGAUCUGUGUGAUUCUUAAGGAGGUGAUGAGGGAGAUUACAUCUUGCUCAUUGACUAAGAAUAUCGAGACGGAUGGUGAGAUUACUUUGUUUGAAAACGAACGAGUCAAAACACAAAGUAAACUUUAACUGCUAUUUCAUGAUUUCAUUUUUGUUUUCUUUUUUGUUUUAUGAUUUUUCUAUUAAUUAAUUUGUAUGUUAAAAUUAUAUUUAUUUUAUCUUAUGUUUCCAAUAUUCAAACUGUUAAUUUACCGUUGAGUUCGUACACAUUUUUUUCGUUAAAAGCAAACUGAGACAAGGGAGAGGAAAACACAAAUCGGAUAACUGAAACAAAGAUUAUACGCAGAUAAAACUCAAACAAAUUCGAGCAUUUUUGUAUUAUUGUUAUUUAUUUAUUUGUCUGCUUACAAAAAGAAGGGCAAGUUACAACGUUCUGCGUAAAGACUAUGAUAUUUGCCAAUUACAAUUUCCAUUUCGGAAGUAUUAAGAGGGGGCAACUCCUGCGAAAGCAGACGUCAAAUGUUCAUCUCAUUCGCAUUCACAGGAAGUAUUAUUCGGACUUAUGUGUUCUGUGACAAUACAAAAACAAAAUGUUUAUCCUAUUCAAUAAUUGCUUUACUCUGACAGUGUCACAGCAUUGUAGGUGGCAAAAAGGAUGACACGUGACACACUUUCCACCCAUUAAUUUCAAGUAUAUGCGGGCGGUUUUGAACUGCUAAUUACAAAAUAAUCCCUUCUGAGUUUACUGAUUAAAUACCGAUAUAAUUAAGUUCUGCUACUCGAUUCAAAUUAAAACCCUAUUAAAAAAUUUUUACAUUUUACCAAAAGCUGCAUCCAUUCUUCCGAAUUGAUAAAUUUACAUAACCAUUUCAUAAAUAUAACUUAUUUAAUAACGUUGAAGUUAAAUUCCUUAUAAUUUGAGGGCUUUUUUGAUUAUGUUUUAUCAGGUGAUAAAGGUGACUGAAUAAAUGCAACUUUGUACUAAGUUUUAAAAUUUUUGUUUUUAGUUUUGCGUUUGAUAUAACUGUGUGUAAUAAAACUACCACGUCAUUGUGAAAAUCCGGUUUAGACCGGUUAGUCCGGUUUAGACCAAAAGCUGCAUCCAUUCUUCCAAUUUGAUAAACUUACAUAACCAUUUCGUAAAUAUAACUAAUUUAAUUUUGUACUAAAAUAUUUGUUUUGAGUUUUGCGUUUGAUAUAACUGUGUAGAAAUACAAAUGUAUUUAAAGGAUACAUUUUCUUUUCCCCUCUCUGGUCUACCAUUUUCGUAAGAAUCUUGAAAACAUUCUGUGAUAAGAUUAAUAGAACUUUCUACAUACACGUCCGAACAUCUUGAACAGUUACACAUAACACAUUACUCAGUACAAAAGUAUGUCAGACUGACAUAAAUAAAACAACAAAUCGUCUUGGUUAUUUUUGCAAUUAUUGUUAUUUUAUCACAUGCACUUCCUGAUUCAACAUUAUUCAUAAUUAUAUACAUUCUGUGAUUUAUGUUCUGAAUAAAUAAUGUCUAUUCAA